AUGUCUGCUAUUGCUGCUAAGUCUGCUGCCAAGCCCGGAUUGGAGGAACAAGUUGAGGCCAAGAUCCAUCGUAUCCGUAUCACUUUGACUUCUCGCAACGUCAAGAACCUCGAGAAGGUUUCCAGUGAUCUUAUCCAACGUGCCAAGGACAAGCAACUUAAGGUCAAGGGUCCCGUUCGUCUCCCCACCAAGGUUCUCCGCAUCACCACCCGUAAGUCUCCUUGUGGUAACGGUUCCGAGACCUUCGAUCGUUUCGAGAUGAGAAUCCACAAGCGUUUGAUCGACUUGCACUCUCCCUCUGAGAUCGUUAAGCAAAUCACCUCCAUCUCCAUUGAACCCGGAGUUGAGGUUGAGGUCACCAUUGCCUAA